UACCCUCUUCUCACCAAGGCCGAGACUGGGUGCCCCUACAUGGUGGUGAUUGGACUAUGGCCCCACAGGACCCCUGCCCUGUCCCAGAGCACAUGACCUGCACCUCCAGUGCCAACCCUGCAGGCCAGACCUCCCUCCCUUCUGUCGUAGGAGAUGCGUGUGUGUUGGGGAGCAUCAACCCCGAGCUGUACAAGUCCCCAGAGGACACGAGUGAGACGGGCUUCCCUGAUGGCUGCCUGGGCCGGCUGUGGUUCUCGGUGGAGUACCAGCAGGAGUCUGAGCGGCUGCUGGUGGGCCUGAUCAAGGCUCAACAACUGCAGGUCCCCUCUGAGACCUGCAGCACCUUGGUGAAGCUCCAUCUGCUGCCUGACGAGCGGCGCUUCCUCCAGUCCAAGACCAAACGCAAAACUUGCAGCCCACAGUUUGAUGAGAACUUCAUCUUCCAGGUAUCCAGCAAAAGUGUCACCCAGAGAGUGCUGAAGUUCUCCGUGUACCAUGUAAACAAGCAGAGGAAGCACCAGCUCCUGGGUCAGGUGCUAUUCCCAUUGAAGAAUGAGACCCUGGCAGGGGACCACCACCGUAUCAUCUGGAGAGACCUGGAAGCUGAGAACCUGGAGCCUCCCUCGGAGUUUGGUGAUCUCCAGUUCUGCCUCGGCUACAAUGACUACCUGAGCCGCCUGACUGUGGUCGUGCUCCGGGCCAAGGGUCUCCAGCUCCAGGAGGACAGGGGUGUUGUCAGAGUGUUUGUCAAGGUGUCUCUGAUGAAUCACAACAAAUUCGUUAAAUGCAAGAGGACUUCGGCUGUACUGGGCUCCGUCAACCCUGUGUACAAUGAAACCUUCAGCUUCAAGGCUGACACCAAUGAGCUGGACACCGCCAGCCUUAGCCUGGUGGUGCUGCAGAUCACAGAAGGGGACAACAGCUACCCCCUGGGCCGCGUGGUAGUGGGUCCCUACAUGUACACCCGUGGCAAAGAGCUUGAGCACUGGGACGAGAUGCUCCGCAAGCCGAAGGAGCUGGUGAAGCGCUGGCACGCACUUUGCCGACCCACGGAGCCCUGAGCCAUCCGUGUCCCCAUCAGUAUAUGCAACAACACAAUGGAUAUCUCAUCUAACACUCAGUGCACUGCGGGGCUAGCCUGAGCCAGUGAGUAGCUCAUGAAUGUUCAUGUGCAGGAAGGAAAAGGGACACAAUUCAGCUUCAGACAGUAUCUGUAGCCAGGAGCCUCUCCCAAUCCACCUAACCCCUCUGGAUCUUCAGGGCUCCUGAUCAAGGUCAUGACCUCAGACAGGAUCUCAGGGGCUGAGAACUGAUAUUCUAUUUGGUGAAGCACAGCUGUACUUGCUGAAUGGGAGCACAGUACUAGCUGAGUCCCAGCACCUAGGAAAGCUGGUGGUGGGUUGAGUCUACAGCUGCACUGUUUUAUCAAGCUGGGGGUUCUCUGUCUUCCACCCAGCAGAGUGAACUGUGGGCCACCACAGGGAGAGGCCUGUUGAGCAGUUCACCCAGUCCACCCACACACCAAGAGGUCAACCAGUAGUCAGCACAGCUUGCUGUGUAGCCCCUCCCUGGAGCCAUAUAACACAUGGCACCCAAAAUUACAUAACAUCUUAACCACAGCCAUCCUCCUCAGAAUGCCACACCUACUUCAGGUGAUCUCUUGCUGGGUUUCAUGGUCACCUGGUUAACAGAAUUUGGGCAUUUAGCUACUAACUCUUACUUUGGACAGGUGAAUCCAUGGGACCAUGGUAUUGUCCAUAAGACUGAUGGCCAUGGCAAGAGGUAUAAACUUCAUUAGGUCAGUGGUUCCAGAAUCAAAGUCACUGUCACCAAAUGCCCAUUAGUUGAUCUAGUGAGCAGCCACUGUGCCUGUUGUUAUUGUGUAUGUCUGUACCCUAAGCUGCAGAUGGGCAGAGGCUUGCUUAAGGCAGAGACUGUGCUUAAAGCAGAACUGCCGGCUUAGAUGGAAGAG